UAUCUCCUGAUACAGAUACAAUCCUUAAACUACAUCAGGAUACAGUUAAGGGUGUUAUCCUAACUGUGAAAGGACGGGACGAGUACGAUUUUUUAUCCCGGUAUUUUGCUCCAUGGGUCGGAAUACCAGAGGAUCCUGUCACGGGUUCAGCUCAUACCGUCCUUACUCCGUACUGGGCACAGAUACUCAACAAGACUAAGAUGUGUUCUCGGCAGUGCUCUCCAAGGGGUGGAGAUCUUAAACUUAACCUAGUGGAGCCAAGAGUUCGUGUUGCCGGGAACUCUGUAGUUGUUCUCUCUGGAACUCUCAGGAUUAAAUAAAAACUCUUCAUAUAAUUAAACCCAGUUUUCACGUUAAAUUAGGGGGUACCGUUUCAUUUACUUAAAAGGAAUCGAGUCUUUAUUAUUUUAAAAAAUAUUCUAAUAAAUCUAAUUUCAGAGAGAAUGAUACUAAAACCUACUAUGUAGGAUGUAACAAGCGGAAAAUGGUUGCAAUUGAUCUUAAAUAUCCUUGAACUGAUAAAGAUCUUUAAACAUGAACUUCAGUGAUACAUUCUUUAAUAAUCAAAGUGAUCAUUACGGUUUUAAUAACAGGAGUAAGCUAAUAGAUCUAGAUAUGAGUGAUCAGUUCGAUCUAAAAAACACAAGUGAUCUCUUUGAUCUAAAGAACUCAGGUGAUAUGCUUCGACUGAACAAUACUGAUGAUUCCUUUGAUCUAAAUUUCCCAAAUAUAAGUUAUAAUUAUGGUUUUGGAAACCUCACCGAAGAUUAUGGAAUAAGUAAUCUGUCCUUAGAAAGCCAAGAUUACAGUGAUCAGAUUAACUUCAGUCUUCCUUCUGAUAUGGUUUUCGGCGAGGCAAAUGUUUACUCUAUAAUCUCCUACUCUAUCCUUCUAGUCAUAGGAGUAAUCAGUAACUCAGUGUCUCUCUAUCAACUAGUCAGAGAACGGUUCUACAGGAAGAACAGGAGCAGAAUGAUACUUCUCCUUCUGCAUUUAACAAUAGCCGACCUUUCCGUUAUUAUGUUUGCUAUUCCUCUGGAGAUAGGUUGGUCUGCUACAGUAUCUUGGGAGGCAGAUGAGAUAACAUGCAAGCUAGUCGUCUUCCUCAAAAUGUAUGGUUUUUUAAUAUCAAGCUUUAUCCUUAUUGUGAUAUCUAUAGACAGGUUUGUAGCAGUCCUGUAUCCGUUCUACCAUCUCACCUCAUCCCGGAGAACUAAAUAUAUGCUUUUACUUUCAUACAUCACAGCAAUAUGCUGCUCCAUACCUCAGAUUUUUGUUUUUGAAGUGCAAACCCAUCCCAUUGUAGCUUGGUAUAAACAGUGUAUGACCACUCUCCAGGGAACAGAGGAGAUGUUAUAUUUCCUGUAUUUUUUUGUUCUGUCCUGGUGUUUACCUGUCCUAGUAAUGGGAGUCUGCUAUUCAUCCAUAGCAGUUUCUAUAUAUAGACGGGCAGAUAGAACUGCACUCAGUCACACGUUCCGCAGUAAAUCUCGGGAUUCUGACGAUGGUAAAUAUCAGGGGGUUACUUCAAAAUCUCAUUUUUGCCCUUAAC